ACCAGAUCAAAGCUCCCUCGCGUACAACUACGAUAGCAAACGCCAAACAUGUCAACCCAAAUCGAUGAACUCACCUUCGCAAAAUCCUUCCUCUCCUCCCUCACCACAAAGGCCCUCAAAUCAACCCCAUCCCACAACACCUCCCGCCCCAUCACCAAUGCCCUCCUCCCACCCAUGCCAACCUCCAAGCGAAAGCGCUCCGCUCCUACCAACCCCACCUCCCAAACCGUCACACUGACCGCGAAAUCCCUCCGCGGUCCUGCCGUGAAUGUGGUCCUGAAUGAUGUUGAUGCACGUACGACAUGGCUCAACAUCCGUGACCGAGUCGCCGCCGAGAUCGGGCUUGGCGGAGAAGCCGAUAAAGUCCGCGUCUUGGUCAAAGCGAAACCCGUCGUUGUCAGUAAGACUGUCGGCGAGGUAUUGGGAGAGGGAGUCACGGAGGGUACGGUACAGGUUAUGUUAAUGGGUGGUGUUGUUCCCAAGGCUAAAGAGGAGGUGCCGGAGCCGGUGAAGGAGGUGGGUGGUACGAAGGUCCAGGGUGCGCAGGAUGUGGAGGCUGUGUUACAGGGUUCUACGGGGACUGCAGAGGUGAAGGCUCAGACGACGUCGAAGGAGUUUUGGGUGGAUUUGCGGGAGUGGAUUGCGGCGCGGUCGGAUGUGGGGGAGAAGGAGAAGGUGUACGAGGCGUUCAAGCAAGGGUACCAGGCGCAGUUUGGAUCUCUCCCAGAUCGCGUUUAGAGCCCCAUGCGCAGGGAUCGCGCGGAACGGGUGUGUGUGUCGAGACAGUGUCGCUCGCGAUAAAUCAACGCUGUACGAAAUGAAAGA